UCAGCGUUGCCCGCCUAGUGACUUCCUCCUGUCAUAUAGAUGCGCAGGAUCGAGCGCGUGUCAAAUGGAACAAUGUAACUGAUCGGAGUUGACAGCCUCAGCCGAGAGGUUACUGAUUAAUCUGGCUCCAUAACCAUAGAUAAGGGCACGACAUCCGCCUGGAUGACAGGAGAAUGACAGCAGGUCCGCAUUGAACAUUUCACUGUCUUCUUCUCAAGGGAAAUUAGCUUUGAAUGGGGAACAUAAUUCAAGUGCUACCCAAGUUCAGGCAGGAUCUUACACAAGCCUGGAGACGGGGAACGCACCUGCCUCUCUUCCUCGACCUGUAGACUCCUUCAUCAGCAACAGCCGUCUUUAAUGGGAUAAAUCUCCAGAGGUCAGGCUGAUCUAAACUCAAGUAAGACCCUCAAGCUUGCUCAUUUCUUCUUAAUUGACACUUUACAUCCUAAGGCCUCCGCAUGGUACUCUGGUUAAAAGAUCAAGACAAACUGUCCGACAUGUCCACCGGGACGGAAAGGAUAGAGAUGAAGAAGGAGGGGGUGCCGCCGGCGUACCACCACUCCAAUGGGUCGGUCCAUCCGGUUAUACUACCAGACAGCCCAGAGGAGGUACCCCAGACCCCCGGGGAGUACGAACUCACAGAGGUGACCUCCUUACCGGACUGCGGUGAUCAGGAGAAUGAGCGUCCGGACAUGGUGGUCCUCGACUGUCGGGCCAACGCGAAAGGCCAGAGGGAAGAGGACGCGCUUUUGGAGAACGCUAGCCAAAGCAAUGAAAGUGAUGACACUAGUACGGACCAAAGCCCGGUGCCGCCGGCUCCACUUAAGGAAACGUCCUUCUCUAUUGGACUCCAGGUUUUGAUCCCUUUCCUGCUGGCAGGGUUUGGGACGGUUGCUGCUGGCAUGGUACUGGACAUUGUUCAGCACUGGACAGUGUUCACCGAGGUGACUGAAGUCUUUAUCCUUGUGCCUGCUCUCCUGGGCCUGAAAGGGAACUUGGAGAUGACCCUUGCAUCCAGACUGUCUACCGCGGCUAAUAUUGGACAAAUGGACACAGCCAAGGAUAUGUGGAAAAUGAUCAUGGGAAACCUCGCGCUAAUUCAGGUUCAGGCCACCGUGGUCGGAUUUCUGGCUUCCAUCGCCGCCGUCAUCUUUGGCUGGAUCCCAGAGGGCAACUUUAGGAUGGGUCAUGCCAUCCUGCUCUGUGCCAGCAGCGUGGCCACCGCAUUCAUCGCCUCUUUGGCUUUAGGUCUUAUCAUGAUCGGGGUUAUCAUCGCAUCCAGGAAGGUUGGCAUAAACCCAGACAACGUGGCCACCCCUAUUGCUGCCAGCUUGGGUGACCUGAUCACGCUGUCGCUGCUGGCUGGCAUCAGCACAGGCCUGUAUAAGGAGCUUGAAUUCAACAAUUAUGCCAACCCGAUGGUUUGUGCCUUCUUCGUGGCUCUGACGCCCAUCUGGGUCCUCAUUGCCCGGCGGAUUCCCUCCACCCGGGAAGUGCUGUACUCAGGCUGGGAGCCUGUCAUCAUCGCCAUGGCCAUCAGCAGUGUCGGAGGCCUCAUUCUGGAUAAGACCGUAUCAAACCCCAACUUCGCAGGAAUGGCCGUUUUCACUCCGGUCAUUAACGGUGUGGGUGGUAAUCUGGUGGCGGUACAAGCCAGUCGUAUCUCCACCUACCUGCACAUGAACGCCCUGCCCAUUGUAGAGCCAAACCCAGCCCCUCGCAAAUGCCCUACUCCAUGGGGCACCUUCUUUGGGUCUGGUGUGAAUUCUCGAUCUGCCAAAGUGCUGUUUCUGCUGGUCGCUCCUGGUCAUCUGGUCUUCCUCUACACUAUUAACUCUAUGCGGGGAGGACACACCACUCUCACUUACAUCUUCAUUGCUUUUUACCUGGCUGCUGCUCUACUACAGGUCAUUAUCCUGCUGUAUCUGGCAGACUGGAUGGUGAACUGGAUGUGGCGUCGAGGGAUGGAUCCUGACAACUUCUCCAUCCCCUACUUGACGGCGCUGGGAGACCUGCUGGGGACAGGCUUCCUGGCUCUGUGUUUCCACAUCCUGUGGCUAAUUGGAGAUCGGGACACAGAUGUGGGUGAUUGAUCCACGCUGCCUUUUCCUCUGACUCUGACUGUCCAAGCAACACACACACAUGACGUCUUUAUUUAUAAUGCCACAUAGAGAAAUAAUAUCUGUAUUGUUAUGGCUACCACGGUUACCAUGAUUAUAUUGAUGACAUUAUUUGCUUUAGUAUCGAUAUAUAAUUUCGUUGUUGUUUAGCUACCGGGAGAACGACAAUCCUCAUUAUUUUUCAAUGGGGAUGUUCGGCCCGAUCUUACAGCCACUGGCUGCAUGUAAAGAUUACACCAACGUAAACUUGAAAUACUUCACGAGAGGCAAGCGAACGUAGAAUGCGUAAUCACCAAGUGCUACAAAAUGGUUUAAUGAUAUAAAACUUACGGACUCAAAAUAUAGACAAAAAAAAACAUUUCUGGACCAUCAUGUUAUUCUUAGAUAACAUUUCAGCCUGUUGAUUGGCUCACGUGGGUCUUAAACGGGACUGGUAAAAUAUACUCUUAAAGUAAAGACUGUUUAGCGAACGCCUUGUUUAAUUAACACUUUUCAGCAUCUAAAAUUGCUUUAGUAGAUCUGCUUGUGGUUACAGAGAGACACAGCAACCAAAAGUGCUUCAUAGUUUCAAUGCAAUCCCUGGAACACUCAAGUUGUGCAAUGCCAUUCGUGGGUUGUUUACGGUCAACGCCGUAAGGAUAAAACACCAGACUUUGCCUCAAUUGCGUACAUACAUUUCAGUAUCAAACUAAUCAAAGGCCUGAAAGACUGUUGUAAGCUUUUCAGACCGCUAUCGUAAAGUCCACAUCCGUUAAUCUCCCAAAUCUCUGGACUCAAAAACACUGGGACGGUUCAUGUAGAUGUUAUUUUCAAAGGAUGGAAAAAUGCAUUUUGCUAAUUUUAUUGAACUGGAAAUUAUAUUUGACGAUGCAAUUUUUAAAGUAUUCUAUUAUAUAGAGUAUACAUCUGCCUUAUUUUGCAAUGCUUAAAUGCUAUUUUGCAAUAUUUGGGAAAAAUAGCUAGAAGAAUAAAGAAUAAUAUUAUUAUUAUAAGUGUAAAUUAAGGAUUUAAAGAGAUAGAUCACCCAAAAAUGAAUGUUUACUCAUCCUUAAAUCCAUGUCAUGAUUUUCCCAAGUACGAUGUGAUCCUGGAUUAACAUCUAUGUUGAUCCUGGAAUAUCACUGUUGUUAGAAAAUGUAAUCCAUACCUAUUCCCUAGCCCUAAACUCAACCAUAUCGGUAAAUCACUUCUAAAAUCAGAGAAGAAUAGUUAGAUAACAAUCAUGUAUAAGUGCAUAAAUCUAACCCUAAGCCUUAGUUCUGAUUGGCUGAUUGGAAUGUUGUUCCAGGAUCAACAUAGAUGUUGCAAAUAUUGUGGAAGUUGCAGGUUUCUAGCACUCUUCAAAAUAUGUUCUUUUGUGUUCAACAGAAGAAAGAAACUCAUAAAAGUUUGAAACAAACAAUUGAUGACAGAACUUUCAAUUUAGGGUGAACUAUCCCUAUAAAGGGGCUUUGAGUAGAUUUCAAAUCAAACAUUGUCUACCAGUGGCCAAUAAGUGAACUGCAACUUAUUGCAAACCAAUUAAAAGAGCCUGAAUGUGAUUCAGUGCCCUUGUUUUUUUUUUAUCGUUUUGCUUAAAAGUAAAAUAAAAUGUAAUUAUAUUUGCAGUGAUACACUGAUCAGAAACGGUAAAUGAUUAUGUACUGCACGUUCCUCUGAAUAAUCCAAUAAACACCACAAAAAUCAGUCUAUACAUGCUUAUAAAGACAACCUACAAAGUAAUGGCGAGUUCUGACUGCACGAUUUUUAAAGGAGUUUUAAAACACAGAUCUUUCCACACUGCAUGACUAUCUGGGUUAGCGUUCUGGAUGGAUCGGGCAAGGAAGUUUCAAACUGCAUGAUGUUACAAUAUGAGUCAUUGAGAACUUUGUCUAGGUCCGCAAACUACCUCACAACCAAACACACACGAGAAGUGACAUGUAAACAACGCGAGGUCAAGUAGUAUAUGUUUUGGUAUUAAAUACGUAAUGAGAAAGAAGCCUGUAGUGGGGAAGAAAAUUUUACUUAUUUUGCUCACCUGACAAAUUUCCACUAGUUUUUCCUCCAUUUCUUGGGUCAAAAUAGACUGAAAAGAAGCUCUUUUAACUUCUCCUUCAACCUCCCUCUGGCCUGCAGAUACCCACACUGUGAAAUAUUUGACCUUAAAUUUACAGUAAACUGCUGGCUAAUAAUUGCAUUACUUUCACAAAAAGGUACUGUAUGUAAGAUUACAGUAUUUACUUUGAGGUACUUCAUAACAAUAAUAAUUCUGUAAAUAUUUCUAUAUAUCAGAAAAAGUGCUAGUAUACACCUUAAUAUGUAUUAAUUCUGUGUUGAAUAAAAUAUUAAUAGUGUUUGAA